AUGAGAUCCGGAAGACAGAAACGGUUCAAAAAACUUAACGAUUAUGUUCCUUUAACGGAUUUACAGCUUGAUUGUAAUCACGAUGAUUCUAAUUACCGCGCGUCAAAUAGGCCAUUUGACUUACCUACCGUUCCGACUUUACGACCUUCGGGCACAGAGUUUUCUGAUUUCUAUUCGUUUUUGCAAAAGAACGAAGAUGUAUUUGCAGAGUGUCCUGCGGCUAAGGUAAUUCCUGCCGCUAGUUGGAGUCUACCUGUUGCUUUGGAUCUUGAAACUUUUCAGUUUGAAGGCCAAAAACAAAAGCUGCAUAAGGAAUCUUUUCGCUACGAUCAAAAUUAUGAUUAUUUUAAUAAGCUUAAAGAUUUUCACGAAGAACGUGGUUUAUACUUCAAUAAACCUCCUAUGCUCCAGAAUCAAUCAUUAGAUCUACUCCAAUUAAGAGACACCAUUUCUCGUUUCACCAGUUUGGAAUCAAAUUUAAGCAAUUCUUUACUAUCGAAAAUUACGGAAACACUAAAUCUACCAGAUUCCAAGGAUGUGAGACAAAUGCUCGUUCGAGCUUAUGAACGCUAUAUUAAACCGUAUGAAAGAACUCACUUACGCGCUGCUUCUUCUAACUCUGGAUCUGUUGUUCGGUCCACCAGAGUUUCUCGCAGUUCCGUCGCUCAUUCUGUAGCUGAUGGGUCCUCACCGCCUGAAAAUGAUACCUCCCAACCAAAUGGAUCCCAGUCAUUUGGAAAGCGGACUUUUUUCGAGCGCGGUGAACAAUGUGAAUUUUGUGGCCUGGAUACAAAUCCAGAAAGUAUUUUACUCUGUGAUGGUUGUGAAAGAGCCUAUCAUAUAUCCUGCCUUGACCCUCCAUUAAGUAGCGUACCCAAAGAUGAUUGGUACUGUAAUACAUGCAAACAUGGCGUUCAAUCGUAUGAUCCAAGGAAAGGAAACCAUUGGACUGUGGCAUCGUUCAGAGACCAUUCCAAUAAACAUAUGGAAACUUUACUGAGUAAAAAAUCGAUGACUCUGGAUCCCUCGGAAGACGAUUUGGAAAAAUUAUAUUGGUCAAUGAUUGAUGAUAACUCACUGCUAUCACAAAUAUAUCAAGUUGAGAGGUUUACUACUUCGUCUUUCAGCUCCUUACCGUCUAAAGAAUUGCAACCUUUAAAUCAAUGUUCUUUUGAAAGUUGGAACCUUCGUAAUAUUCCUCGUCAUAAAUCCUGUCCUUUUAAUUUUACAAUCUCUGAUAUGCAUUCUUUAGCGACUCCACAAAUGUCCAUAGGUAUGAUAUAUUCUACUUAUGAAUGGCAGCAGUCUCCUAUGGCUACUUUUCAAGUUUAUCAUAAUAGGUUUGGCAGCACCAUUACUUGGUACGUUCUGCCUCCAAAUGAGACUGAAAAGUUUGAAAAAUUCAUUAAUAGUUUGGAUAAUACCUAUGAAGAUGAUUUUUUUACAACUCCGUCUUCCCAAUUACCUUUUCCUGUAUCACCCGAAGUUCUUUUGUCUAAUGGAAUUCAAGUUAUGGCUGUUGACUUACGACCCAAUGAGUUCCUAAUUGUGUCUCCCAAAAGUUAUCAUUUUGGAUUCCAUCUUGGAUUUGCAUGUUUAGAAACAGUACAUUUUGCUACGAUCCAAUGGAUCAAAAAUGACUUGCUGAGAAACUGUUUAUAUCGAAUGAAGAAUUUACAUAUUUAUUCACCCAUUUCAUAUGAUGCUAUCAUUAUUUCUAUGGCUUUAUCGAGAUUGCCUGAGUUUACAAACGACUGGUUUAUUGAGAAGCUCAAAGACGUUGUAAGCAUUGAAGUAAAUGAGAGGGAAGCGCUCUCAAAAUCACAACCGGAAAUUGCAAUAAGACAAUUGCAGGAGCAUCCUGUUCCGCGAGUUGUUUGUUCAAAGUGUCACUCUAUGACUUUUAUGUCGUAUGUCAAAACACAUGUUUCAAGUGAAACAUAUUGCCUAGAACAUUUUAGGAUGGAUUCUGAUAUCGCUUCUCAACCGUCAACUGCAUAUUAUCGAUGGAAUGCAUCCGAUUUGUCUAAACUUUUAGAUAGGUUUUCUGCUUUUGUAAGAGCACCAAUGGAGUGGUCCGGAAAGUUGAAAACUAUUUUAUUAGCAACACCCAAACCCCAAUUGAAAUCUCUGGAAGCCCUUUUAGAUGACGCUGAAUAUGCUAUGCUUAAUACCAAGGACACGGUAACCUUACGGAGUUUUAUCCAUAAAGCCAAUGCUUGGGUUAAUUCAAUUAAUCAUUAUUUAAGUAUCUCUCCUAUAAGAAAAAGAAAAGAAAAAAAGCUACCAUUUAUGAAGAUUCAUGAUCAACGAAUAAACUCUACUGGCAUGCGCGAAUUAGAAAAUUUAUUUCAAGUAUUACAAAGGUCAAAAGAUAUGGCUUUUACUUGUGAAGAAAUUGAAGCUAUGAAGAAAAAGGUAUCAGAUUUACUUCAAUUCAGGGCCCGAUUAACCAAGGUUUUCUCCGGUUCAUUAGACAGAAGGAUGUGUCAAAACUUAUUGAACGAGGCAGAAUCUUUAGGAUUUAUGUUCCCUGAAUUAACGAUCAUCCAGAAAUAUCUGACUCAAUAUGAUUGGCUUGACAUGUUUUACGCUAUUGAAACUGAAAAGACAUCAGACGCUGAUUUAGAAAAACUUAUAUCCUUUGGUUUAGCUGCUGGAGUUCCUGAAGACAAUGAUUAUAUGGUAUUUGUUAGAGCUAUGAAAGGGAGAGCUGAAAUUUGGGAAAAUCAGGUUCGUGAUGCCCUCUCUAAAAGUAACGUAUCUUACGACCGUUUGAGUAUUCUCAGGGAUGAAGCAAUGACACUUUGUGUUGACAAGAAAUUGUAUACAAAGGUUGUCGAAAUAUUGAAAAAUGCUGAAGAAGUAAAAUACAAAAUCAAUACAUUAUGUGAACGCUCUCAAGGGAAGGUUUUUAAGUCCAGACCUAUGAUGGAUGAGGUGAAAGAUGCUUUAGCUCAAGCUGAAAAGCUUCCUAUGUUAUCUGAUAGCGUUGUUGCGUUACAAAAAAUGUUUGAUUCGGUUUUAGAAUGGAUUCGUCGGGGUAAAAGGCUUUUCGGAAAAGCUAAUGCUCCUUUAGAAAUUUUAGGACAGCAUUUGGAAUAUGUUGAGAAAAGAAAUGCAGCUUCAUUGUCUUUGUUGGAUAGACCAGGCCCGCCGAUGGAACCUUCUUCUCGCGAAGCUAGUCCUGAUCCUGAAGGAAGGCUUGUUUACAAACUGAAGAAACCUCGUAUUUUCUGUUUUUGUCGUUUACCUGAGAAUGGAGUGAUGAUCGAACAGAAGCUGCACGAAUGCGUUCCUAUUGCUCCAAAUCCACCGCCGGUAAUUGGAGAAUCCAAAUCUACCCGUAAACCAAGACCUACAAAGCGUCAACGUCAAAUUAUGAAGCAAAUCGCUGAGGGUCUUCUUCCGGAAUCAGCAAUUGCACCUCCCAAUGCUCAAAAUGAUAAAAAAGUGUCUGUGAGCAAAAACGGAACAGCGGUUAAUAGACUCGAUAGCCCUCAGAGUGACAUUAGAAUUAGUCACGAAAAUGGGCACUCUAAUUCAGCCUUAUUGAAAGAAUUUAAAUUAACACCAACAGCUGAAGUAAAUGUUACCUCCAAUGUAUGCGCUCAUUGUCAAAAACCGACGAACGAGAGAAGCUUUGCUGUGUGUUCGAGAUGUAGUAAAGGAUAUCAUUAUGGAUGUUUAAGAGAAAUGCCGAAUAACUCUGGAUUUAAAUCCUUCAUUUGUCAGGAUUGUAAAUACAAUCUAGAAGAAACUCCGAUGUUUCACAAUAAAUUACGGAAUGGGAUUCGUGCUGAAGACACAGACGUUAUGGAAAAGAAUGAUAAUGUUGAUAGGUCGAGCUUGCCAUUAGCAGCAUUCUCUGAAAGUUCUCAUGUGAUGAAAACCCCAGGAGGCAUGCAGGACAUGCUAAUUUCUCGCAAAUUAUCCUGUGGUGAACAUGUUUUUUUUGGUACAGACGUUUUUACAUCGUUAGGAGAUAUGGUUACGGAAACUCCUGAUGUUUCUCUUGAUGAAUUUGUUGAAAAAAAUGAUGGCUUAACGGAAAGCUAUUUAAAUAUGUAA